AUGUUCCGCGAUCCCGCCGUCGUGCCGCGCUCGGUCGACGACGCGGAGGAGCUUUCGCGAGGAGACGAAAGAAUGCCGCCAGGGCACCAAGGGGAUCCUCCGCCAGCUUACCACACAUCGCCAACACAAACCGCCCAACCCUACCAGCACCACUCCCCAACGACACCCGCGCCCUUGCCGCUGCACCACGCCAACAAUUUCCAUCCCCGUCAACACCACCGUCCUCCCACCUCGCCGCCCUCGACCGACCUCCCGCCCAUCACCACGCAGCUCUACGCUCGCGACACGUCCAGAUACUACGAUCCCACAUCAGACAAUGGCGAGCGCACUCUAGGGCGCGACCCGGCGCGUUACGACACCAACCACUAUCCCCCACAGACUCGAGAUCCGCAACCCUAUCACUCGCCAGUCACAAACGCAUACCCCCAUCACUCGCCGCUGCAGCGUCCGCAUUCACAACACCAGCAGACUGGCACCAUGGAGGCCAUGUCGCACUCUCCCGUGUCCCCGUCCGUCUAUCAAUCAUUGAACCGGGGCGCCGUCCAGCCGCCACCGCCAAACUAUGCGAGGCGGCCAUCGUUCAAGGACGAGGCACCGCCCCCAACCCGCGCCGACCCCAUGUCCCUCUCGAGCAUCAUGUCCUCUGGCGUAGACAACGACCCUCCACCGAAAACCCAACAACUCCCGCCCCUCAACCCCGAUUCCUAUCGACUAUCGAAGCCAUCGCCCAACCCCCUUUUUGUCAAACAAGAGGCCAUGACAUCCCCUGCACCUCCCGACCUACCACCACAAGGCAAUGGCUACCCCCCUCGAGGCCUGUACGAGUCAAUGCCACCUGUCGGUAGCUUGCAGCCCUCGCUCCAGCCCUCAUCUCGCGAGCUGCCUGUGCCAGACGAGGCUGAAGUAGAGGCUGCUCUCGCCCACAUCGAAACCAAGCAGAUGAAUGAGGUUGAGGAUUCAGGCACCCCACAUGAGCAUGAGGAGCACAAAGAGCGCAGCCAAAAGCGCGCCUUGGAGGUUACCAAUGCAGACAAUAGUAAACGCAAGCGCCGACGGACUGCUACCCUGGUGCGCUUCCAGGAUGUCAUCGGUGCCCACCGCGAUUAUGCCAAGCAGUCAUAUAACUUGGAACAUGAGGGCGACGCCUGGCAACAGGUCCAGAGCCAGGAGAUUGCCGAGGAGAAAGAGCGCAAGAAGGACAUGCAACGCAAGCGCAGGCGGGAAAAGACCAUCCAGAAUGAGGAAGCCAAGCGUGCUGAAGCACUAGCAAAGGCUGGACAGGCGGAGAAUGAGGAAGAGAAGGAGCGACACCUCCUAGCUGCGCAAAAGGCUGAACGCAAGGCGAAGACUACCUCGCAGCUUCUACAAGGUAAUGCGCCUAGCAAAGACAUCCGGGAAACUACUCCACAUGGGCCAAACCUUGAAGGCGGCACCAUGAGCUCCUUCCAGGCCUCCGACGACGUUCUAGGAGGUGGCGGAAAGCGGAAAGGAAACCGUGCUACGGGGCGUCUCAAGAAAAGCAAGGAACAAAAGCAGGCAGAAAAGGAUGCUGCUGCCGCUGGUCAGGCCGCUCUCGAUCGUGGCGACGACCUUCCUCUCAUUGCACCGCGCGACGAGUCGCGUCUCGAAUCCGUCAGAGGCCGAAGUCAUACAGAAGAUCUGGGCCCUGUUGUCUUGACAUCUUACGACUCGUCCGUAUAUCGCAAUCUCUACCAGCAGAUUGUAAAAGACCUGGCUCGAAAGGAUUUACCCAAGGUCGUCCGUAUCAAGGAGAAUUCACUGUCUACAAAGCAGUCGAAUCUACGAAAGACAGCCCAGUUGGCCGCCAAGGAAGCCCGUCGAUGGCAGAUGCGCACAAACAAGAAUCAGAAAGACACACAAGCUAGGGCCAAGCGCGGGAUGCGCGAGAUGCUUGCUUUCUGGAAGAGGAACGAGCGUGACGAGCGCGAGUCACGGAAGAACGCUGAGCGUCAAGAACUGGAAAAUGCGAAGAAGGCUGAAGCUGAUCGGGAAGCCAAUCGACAGAAGCGCAAACUCAACUUCCUUAUUUCCCAGACCGAGCUCUACUCCCAUUUCAUCGGCAAGAAGGCUAGAACAUCUGAAAUCGAGAGGUCCACGGACGAUGCCGACACAGCUGCAGCUGCACCAGCGGAAGCACAUCAUUCCGGAAUCGAUGUUGGCGAUCUGCCUACGCAGGCUAGUGGCAAGGUGACCAACUUUGAAGACCUUGAUUUUGACAAUGAGGAUGAGAGCGUUCUCAAUGCCGCCGCUAUGGCGAACGCCCAACACGCCAUUCAGGAGGCGCAGGAUCGAGCUCGUGCCUUUAACAAACCUGGGGGUGACGAGGAGGACGGCGAGCUCAACUUCCAAAAUCCUUCCGGGCUGCAGAACAAAGAAGACUGGAUACCUCAACCUGGCAUGCUCAACUGUACCCUCAAAGAAUACCAACUCAAGGGUCUCAAUUGGCUGGUCAAUCUGUACGAGCAAGGUAUCAACGGUAUCCUGGCCGAUGAGAUGGGCCUUGGAAAGACCGUCCAGUCCAUUUCCGUCAUGGCAUACCUUGCUGAGAGGUACAACAUAUGGGGUCCUUUCCUCGUCAUCGCCCCGGCUUCAACACUGCACAACUGGCAACAAGAGAUUUCGCGGUUCGUGCCAGAUUUGAACGUAAUCCCCUACUGGGGCACCGCCAAAGAUCGAAAGAUUUUACGCAAGCUGUGGGAUCGGAAGCAUGUUACAUACACCAGGGACUCGCCGUUCCAUGUUGUGGUUUCCUCCUACCAGUUGGUCGUUCAAGAUGCUCAAUACUUCCAGAAGAUGCGUUGGCAGUACAUGAUUCUCGAUGAAGCUCAGGCCAUCAAGUCUUCUCAGAGCUCUCGAUGGAAGAGCUUGCUGGGUUUCCACUCGCGCAAUCGACUGCUUCUGACGGGUACACCCAUCCAGAACAACAUGCAGGAACUCUGGGCACUUCUCCAUUUCAUCAUGCCGAGCUUGUUCGAUUCGCAUGACGAAUUUAGCGAGUGGUUCUCAAAGGACAUUGAAAGUCACGCACAGAGUAACACCAAACUCAACGAGGACCAGUUGAGGCGACUACAUAUGAUUUUGAAGCCCUUCAUGCUGCGACGUGUCAAGAAGCAUGUACAGAAAGAGCUGGGAGACAAGAUCGAGUUGGACGUUUACUGCGACCUUACCUACCGACAGCGCGCCUACUACGCCAACCUUCGCAACAAGAUCAGCAUCAUGGACCUAAUCGAGAAGGCUGUUGGCGACGAACAAGACAGCGCGACCCUGAUGAACCUCGUUAUGCAGUUCAGGAAGGUUUGCAACCACCCUGACCUUUUCGAGCGCGCUGAUACAUGGUCUCCUUUCUCCUUUGCCUACUUUGCUGAGACUGCGUCCUUCCUGCGCGAAGGCCAGAACGUGCGAGUUGGAUAUUCCACACGAAACCUAAUAGAGUACUCUCUACCGCGCCUUGUUUGCCGGAAUGGCGGUCGGCUUGAUAUCGCUGGUCCUGAGAAUCCGACGGCGGGCUUCAAGGGCCACUAUCUCGACAACUUGAUGAACGUCUGGAGCCCAGACAACGUUCAGCGGUCCGCUCGCCAGGCAGGUGCAUUCUCUUGGCUUCGCUUUUCGGAUCUCUCGGCAAGUGAAGCGUCAAAGGUUGCGAAGAGCGACUUAUUCCACAGAGCUCUUGCUGCUGGUGACAAGCCAAACAAAACCGGUCGAUUCAACGUUUUCUAUGAUGGCGACAACGGCGAGUGGGAACCCAAGCAAUCGAUGUUCAAUAUUGUCGAUCGCCAAGAUCGCGCUCCUUUGACCGACAUCACCACCGAAGGCUACAUGCACAAUCUGCUCAAUGUGUCCCAGGCUGCAUUUGAGAAAACAGGCUUGAACGUUAUCGAGCCAUGUGCCAAGCCAAAAGCCUCCGCGCCUCCGAUUGAGCUGUACUGCGCCAGCCAGGGUGUCAUCGCAGAGAAACAGCGUGACUACUUCAAUGCUCCCAUCCGCAAUGCCCUGUACGGCGUCUCCGAGAAGACUGAACACGUCAUGUUAGAUUCCAAGCAGGAUAGCACCGCUCUGACGGUUCGCAACAAGCUACCCCCACCGACAAAUGAGCGAACGCGGUUCACGCACAUCGAGGCCCCAUCCAUGUCGCGCUUCGUCACGGAUUCUGGUAAGCUAGCUCGACUGGAUGCGUUGCUCAAAGAGCUCAAGGCGGGCGACCACCGUGUCCUGCUGUACUUCCAAAUGACGCGGAUGAUUGAUCUCAUGGAGGAGUAUCUGACAUACCGAAACUACAAGUACUGUCGCCUGGACGGAUCGACGAAGCUCGAGGACCGUCGAGAUACCGUCGCAGAUUUCCAGACGGACCCGUCCAUCUUUGUCUUCCUGCUGUCUACCCGUGCCGGUGGUCUUGGUAUCAACUUGACGGCGGCCGAUACCGUCAUCUUCUACGACUCGGACUGGAAUCCGACGAUCGACUCGCAGGCCAUGGACCGUGCCCAUCGUCUUGGCCAGACGCGACAAGUCACAGUAUACCGUCUCAUCACAGCCGGCACUAUCGAAGAACGAAUCCGCAAGCGGGCUCUUCAGAAGGAAGAAGUGCAGCGCGUUGUCAUUUCGGGUGGCGGCGGUGCUGGAGUCGACUUCAACACGCGGUCUAGAGAGAACCGUACCAAGGACAUGGCUAUGUGGCUCGUGGACGACGAACAGGCCGCUGAGAUUGAGAAGAAGGAGGCAGAGUUGGCGGAGCAGGAGAAGAAUGCCCCACCGGGAAAGAAGAGGAAGAGCAAGAAGAAGGUGGAUGUGAACUUGGACGACAUGUAUCAUGAAGGCGAAGGACAUUUCGAUGAGAGCGCAAAGGCCAGCGGUGCAGCGACUCCGAUAGCUGCUACGGAAGCCGCUCCAGGCGGCAAGAAGAAGAAAGGUCUCAGCAAGAAGGCGAAGACGGCUAAGCAGCGUCUUGCAGUUGCUGAUGGCGAGGUUUAA